AAUCGUAUCAAUAAAUAUCUCAAAAUGCAAUUAACAUGUUUUAUAUAUUGAGAUCCAGCCUCUCUCUCUGGCAAAACCUCCUAUUUUCACCAGUUCCUCCUACAUACAUUCUUUUUUUCCAUUUCAGUCACUCCUUUGAAUCUCUUCACCAUGAAGUCACUCUUUUUAUCCCUCAUGGUAUUGACUACUGCGUUAGCAACCCCCGUUUCCCAAAUCACUCCACUCAUCAAACCCGGCUUUGCACCGACAUUCAUUGAAACUUUCGCCGGCUAUCCGGGAUCACUGCCCUCAUCCAGGAAUUGGCUGUUCGACCUUGGAACUUCAUAUCCAGGCGGAGCAGAACGAUGGGGAAACAACGAGUUUGAAACCUAUACCAAUGAUCCUUCCAACGUAUAUAUCACAAAAGACCAAAAUCUGGCUAUCACGCCACGAUUUAAUAAUGGCAAUUGGACAUCGGCAAGGAUUGAGACUCAACGAAGCGACUUCGUUGCUGAAGAAGGAGGGCAAUUGCUUGUUGAGGCACGCCUCAAGCUCGGUGGAGCGCCGGCCUCAAAGAUGCAAGGCAUCUGGCCCGCGUUCUGGGCUUUGGGCAGCGAGUUCAGAGGCAACUACACAAACUGGCCGAUGGCUUCAGAGUGGGAUAUUCUCGAGACGAUCAAUGGUAAACCAACGGUUUAUUCAACAAUCCACUGCGGGUUUGCUCCUGGAGGGCCAUGCAACGAGUAUAACGGCAUUGGAAGUGGAGGCAGGGACUUUUCCAAGGGCGAGUUCCAUACACUAGGGUUCUUGGUUGACCGGAGCAUGUGCGGCAAAGGAAAAAAUGCUACUUGGCGAGACGAGUCGCUGAACUGGUUCCUGGAUGGAAAGAAGAUCUUCAACGUCACAGGUGCAACUGUUGGGGAUGAGCCAAGUUGGGUGCAGCUGGCGCAUAAGGAGCAUUUCCUGCUGCUUAAUGUGGCCGUUGGUGGAAACUGGCCUGGUGCACCAAACAACGCUACAAUUGAUGGGCCCUCGGUUAACAUGGAAGUGGAUUAUGUUGGUGUUUGGAACUCAUUGUAAGAUGAUUCAUUUUCUUACUUACCCUGCUACAUAUUUUAUUCCUAUUAUGCAUUUUCUAGGGUUACAUUUAGAGAGAGGUACUUUUUACAGUAUAACAUCUUCUUGAGGAAGCGUUUCUAAACCUGAGCUGUAUACAAAAGAUACCCAAGAUGUCAAUUCACAUCGC